AGUCUCCUUCUCCUCUCUCAUUUCCUAUUCGAGUACGAAGCAAAUGGCCUUCGCUCCGGGAAAGCUGGCCCUGUCCAUCCUCCUGUCCCUAACCUUCGACUUUGCUGCCAAGUCUCUGUUCCCCAUCCAAUCCUCCAUUGCUCUCUCCAUACCUUUCCUCCUCUUCCUCUCUCUUCUCUUCUCCAACUUCAAGCGCUCCAAUUCUCCUCCUGGCCCCCUCUCCAUCCCCAUCUUUGGAAACUGGCUCCAAGUUGGCAACGACCUCAAUCACAGGUUCCUCGCCAACUUGUCUCAAAAAUAUGGCAGCUUCUUCCUCCUCAAACUCGGCGCAAGAAACCUGGUUGUGGUCUCCGACCCCAAGUUAGCCGCCGAGGUUCUCCACACCCAAGGGGUCGAGUUCGGGUCCCGCCCCCGGAACGUCGUGUUCGACAUCUUCACCGGCAACGGCCAGGACAUGGUGUUCACCGUGUACGGCGACCACUGGAGGAAGAUGCGCCGCAUCAUGACGCUGCCGUUCUUCACCAACAAGGUGGUGCAGCAAUACAGGGGGAUGUGGGAAGAGGAGAUGGACCUCGUCGUUAAGGACUUGUGCGGUGAUAGGAUCGCCCAGGAGCAGGGCAUGGUGAUCCGAAGGCGACUGCAGCUGAUGCUGUACAACAUCAUGUACCGUAUGAUGUUCGACGCUAGGUUCGAGUCGGCUGCCGAUCCUUUGUUCUUGGAGGCCACACGGUUCAACUCCGAGAGGAGCCGACUGGCCCAGAGCUUCGAGUACAACUAUGGCGACUUCAUUCCUAUCCUUAGACCCUUCUUGAGGGGGUACCUGAACAAGUGCAGGGAUUUGCAGAGCAGGAGGUUGGCUUUCUUCAACAACUACUACGUCGAGAAGAGAAGAAAAGUGAUGGCCGCCGAUGGAGAUGGGCACAAGGCCAGGUGUGCUAUAGACCACAUACUAGAAGCAGAGAAGAAUGGAGAGAUCAGUGCAGAGAAUGUGAUAUAUAUUGUGGAGAACAUCAACGUUGCUGCUAUUGAGACCACCUUGUGGUCCAUGGAAUGGGCUAUAGCUGAGCUAGCGAACCACCCUGCGGUCCAGGAGAAACUCCGACGAGAGAUCGCCGAUGUCCUUGAGGGCGAUGCGGUGACCGAGUCGAACCUCCAAAGGCUUCCUUACUUGCAAGCAGUUGUCAGGGAGACCCUAAGGCUGCACACACCGAUACCGUUGUUGGUGCCCCACAUGAACCUCGAGGAGGCGAAGCUCGGCGGGUGCACGAUACCGGAGGGCUCGAAGGUGGUGGUGAAUGCAUGGUGGCUCGCAAACAACCCGGCCUGGUGGGACAACCCUGAGGAGUUCCGGCCGGAGAGAUUCCUGGAGGAGGAGACGGCGGUGGACGCAGUCGUGGGAGGUAAGGUGGACUUCAGGUUCCUGCCGUUCGGCGUGGGCCGGAGGAGCUGCCCGGGGAUCAUACUGGCAUUGCCGAUUCUGGGGCUCAUUCUUGGGAAGCUCGUCGCUAACUUUGAGAUGAGGCCACCGCCUGGGAUGGAGAAGAUCGACGUGAGCGAGAAGGGUGGCCAGUUCAGUUUGCACAUCGCCGAGCACUCUGUUGUGGCAUUCCGGCCGGUCAAGAAAUAAAUUGGAGGAGAAUUGGGACUUAGAUAUACUUGACGGGAUUUAGAUGUUUUUCUUUUUUUCUUUUAAAACAAUAGAUCUUUUUCUUGUUCUUGAUAUAGACCAUAGGAUGAUUGCAGUUUCCUCGAAGUUCUGAAAUUCUUGCAAUUAAUGAAUGGCGAUGCGUUCUGAAUGUGUAAUAAAUGUUCCUUGUAUUGUUAAUUGUUUUGGCAAAACCAAAUCCUUGAGAUUUAUAUUGGUUUCACUCAA